GCGUAUACCUAAUGAUCUCUUGUCGCGUCUCCGUAUUACGUUUGUAUUAUUCUUCAACUUACAGUUAUCAUUUGUUAUAUUCAUGAAUAAAGCUUAGAAGGAUAAAUUUCGAGUUCUACAAUUAUGGCGACUCUCGAUUCCGUGGCGGCGCGGCCAACCCUUGAAGAUGCUAGUAGUCGGGCAAACCAGACCCUCAUUCUUCCACCGUUGGACAAGAAUGCUGCGGGACAACCUCCCGCGACCGAAGCCGCUGUACCGGCCCCGAAGGCUGGUGCUACCGCUGGCAAGAAACGCAAGUCGGAAACGUCGCUAGAUGAGGAUAUUGCCGCAUACAAGCAAGACCUUUCCCAUAUCGAAACUGAUCAUCUGUUUAUUGAUAUGAGUUGCAAUCAAGUGAGGGGCAAAAUCAAUAAGCUCUUGGAUAGUAACAUUAUGAAGAAAGGCGAGUUCUGCGAUGCCAUCGCCAGCACCCAUAGAAGCGUCAGCGUAUUUCUAUCUAAGAGAGGAAGUAUGGAUGGGGCCGAAAGUCUCGCUUAUACCCACGCUUGGAAAUGGUUCAAACAGCGAGAGAUCGCUGGUCUCAAGAUGCCGGAUGUGAAAAAGCGACAGAAGACCGAAGCUGAAGCUGCCGCUGCCGCUGCCGCUGCCGCUGGGUCCAGUGGCGCCAGCAAGAUGACUGCGCCACUGGCAUCCGGGACGGAUAUUAGCAACAUUCAUCUACCUGGUGAAGAGACCGAUUCUGUCCCAGUAUACAACACAUGUGACGAGGUUCGCAGGAAGAUCAACGCGCAUCUCAAAACGCCGGGUUUGACCGCCGCGCAGUUUUGCCGUGAUAUAUAUGCACAACUCAGACAGCCCAAAGGCAAAUGUUUCCAGUCGAAGCAACUUGCCGAUUUCCGUGGCAAGAAAGGUGCCAAUUCCGGCUGCACCAGUCCGGUCUUCUAUGCUGCUUAUGUCUACUUUGAGAAGAAACGGAUUGCCGAGGGCAAACCGAAAAGCCUGCAUCGGCUCAAAAUGGAGAGCCUCUGGGCUGGGAGGGGGGGCUUUGACCGCGAACAUGACGGACGAACCACCUAUAUAACUACAUCUACCACGCCACUCUAUAUGGAUCAAUACGGAAUGAUUUAUCCCACUUGAGAUUAAACCUCAGGAGGUAUCCAAUUUUUUGUUUACGGGUGACGGACGGGAUAUGACGUAGUAUGAUGGCCGAGUUGAAGGGCAAUCCUAAAGUUGAGGCAACUCCCUGUUAUAUACUACUAUAUAGGAUGGCAACAUCGUUGUAAAAUUAUAUCGUUAUUUCAGGCCAUUACAGCCAGAGGAGUUGAGGUUGUCAAUCAAGUGACAAGGAUCGAGUAAGUUCCGAGGAAAGUAUCAUAAGCUUAAUAUAAAUGCC